UUGGCUUAAGUGGAUUUGUGUAGACAUUUAAGCCAUUAGUAUAUUGGGGUCAGUAUGAAUGUAUUUCUUAAAAUGAAAAUAUUAAGGGUUUUAAAUUAAGAUUCAUGUUGCUAGAAAGACAUUUUUUAAUCUCAUAAGUAUUACUAGAGUUAAUGUUAAAGCUUCCGUCAGCAUUUUUACACAGGUAGUCUUUUAAAUGUAUGUACAUUGGCUGUCGCAUCUUCAGCUGAUGGUGGAACUUGGCUUUUGGUUCUGAGCGUGACGUGUAUGUAUCUGUCCAGAACGUGUCAGGAAAGGGGGUUUGUGUUAUUUUUUGUGGUCUCUUAAGGCAGGCAAAACGAGAGUGUUCCAGAGCAGACUUUAAACUCAUUCCAAAAUCAAACUAUCUGGAGCAGAGGAUUUACUUGAAAAGCAGUAUAGUGUUAUUUUAAUUAUUUUUCCUACAUGUACAGCUUAGGCGUUUAUAACGAAAUGCAAGUGGCUUUUCAGUUUUCAGGGAGAAGCUGGGAGAUGUGGGCUAAGUGCUCAUUAGCCAGAAGGCCUGUAAAGAAGACAACUCCAAAUAGUUUAAAUUGUUCAAGGUAGUUGUAACUUUUUAGAAUGUGAGUUCUUGGUGCUUGAAUGGUUGGGAUUAACAUUGCUCUCAUUGCUCCCGUGUUUUUCUCCGUAACAAUAGUGUGUUUCAUGCGAGCCGGUGUUCGCUGACUCUAGAUGGCAGUCACUGUUAGAGCGGAAGGGUUAUUUGGCUGGGACCCUGCAAGUCCCUGCGCUGGUUGGCUUCUCCAGCUGGAAUUUUUAUGGUGUUGGACAGCAAUAAAAAUGUCACCUCAGCUUCUCUCCCUUCUGAUCUGAAAGAGAGAUACUGUGCAGCAAGAAAGAAAAAAAGAGAAAAGUAUGAGAAACUCAGAAAAUAUUGCUGUGAAACAUUCACAAAAGACAGUUUUGAUAAUGGUGAAAAUAGUUAAGAAGGAGUCUGUCUUGAGCUGUUCUUCUGAACUAACAGAAAUGAGUUUUUGUUUAUAGUAUGGGAAAUACCAGAGUCUCCCACUGAGUUCAUUUUCAAAGAGUAAAGUGGAUUGAACAAGGUGCAAGCAGGGAUAAUAGGAGCGGAGGAAUGUGUGAUUUUAAUCCCAUUUUAAAGAGAAUGGGAAAUCCUCACAGUCUCCUGGGCACGUGUGGUUAAUUAGCGUGAGAAGUACUUCUCUGUUUUCUUCGGACAUUGCCCCCUCCCUGGUAUGCAAGGAUCUCCUUCUACAGUGUCCAUACUCUCUUAAUUUCUGUAUUCCCUCUGAUCGUUUUACAGGUAAUUCAUUCCAUUCGUUCUGGUUAUCACGCUAUCUUGACUUUCUGCUCUGUCUCUGCAGUUAAAAGCAGGAUACACUUCAAUUUUUCGCUCUCCGCUCCUCCCAUUGAGUGCUGUUUGCCUCCCAAGACUAGUCACCACCAGGCAGCUUGAUGUAACGUUGCAGUCGUAAAAGGCAGCAGCAUCCCGGCACAGGAAGGACAGUUCCUCAGUACUUGCUGUGCAGGGAUGAUUGCAUUUCAGGAGACGGCUACUGCUUGAGAAGAAAGCUAUUGUUAUAAUAAAUACAGUUGAAAACCAGGAAUUAAUCUAUACAUUACAUUGAUCUCUGGUUUCAAACUCAGUGCCAAAUUACAGUGCUGUUUACGUAAGUGCAAAUCCCAAGAAACUCUUUGGAAAGCACUGGAGUCUUUCUGGAUUUACAAAGGUAUACUUAAGAUCAAAUUUUGGCCUUCGGUUUCAAUAAUAAGGAAAUGAUUUGUUGUUAUAUUGUGUGUUGUAUUAACUGCUAGCAUUACUAAAAGGGUUUUGAUGCCAUAAGCGCUUUGCAAAUAUUCUGCAAGAAGACAGCCCUUGUGCUAAAAUAUCAGUAACUGAAAAUAGAAAGAUCUUCAUUUUUGUUUAACAUAAUCAUAGGAGCAAGCCUUUAAUUUUAAUUUUAAUUUUUACAUACUAGUUUAGCUGCAAAAAAAUACUGAUUUUUGAAAGGAAAGAUGCUUUAGUUGCAAAAGAAUGAGAAAGCAAUUAAAGCUUGAAUUAACCCUUUAUUUUUACAUGUUUGUAGUGAAAAAUGCCAUUGGUAUUUAUAUCAAGUUUUACAAUUCACAGUCAAGUGCAUUUCCAGAACCAGCUUGAGAAAUACAGCCCUUUGUUUGAGAGGGAAACCUUUCUAAGAGUUAGCAAUAAUCUAGUACAGGUUUCUGUGUGAAGUUCAUAUGCAAGAAAGGCAAGAUAGAGAUAAUUUUGGAAUUAUGUCAAGAUUAUGUAUUAGUAUGUCAGGCAUCCCAGUCCCUAAUAGAUGGCACAGUACGGUGAUAAUGAAGAGUGAUGCCUUCUGUUCCCAACCCUGCCUUGGGCCCGUUAGGUAACUGUUGGGAAAUCAGAUUCUUUCUCAAUUUCCGUGUUUGUAAAAAUGGUGAUAAUGAUGUGGGUUCUUUUGUGUUUCUUUUUGAGAUCUAAAGGGAAUAUUUAGAAAUGAGGUGGUAUGAACAUGAUGGGAAAUACAAGGUGGUAAAAUAAGCAUCUGUAUUUCAGAUAGCUCAGUACUGGCAACUGAUUAUAGCAUUAUUGAUUCUAGUGUUCUUUCCUGUUGAGAAUAUUACUAUGUACUUGUGCACAGGCUUAUAGAAAAAUCUUACUAUUUCUUAUGCUAGGCUAUCUUUCAGCUUUUCAUUCAGAAUUUACUGUGAGGAUCGUCUGCUUUUAUUCUUGCCCAUUGCCAUCCUCCUGAGGGGUAGUUAAAGCUUUAGUUAAUGGAGGAUAAGGACAGAAAAGGUCUGUCUGUCUUUCUUUUCUCUCUCUCCUCCCUUUCUAUCUCUGUCUCUCUUUGGCCAUUGAAAAUGUAGGUCAUAUUGCAUCACCAUAAAAUGGAACAGUCAGAAAGGUGUUUGAAAAAUGCUGACAUCCUUAGCCCGGGGUGCAUGCCAGUGUCCUUUGUUUACAUUGAGAAUAGUGUUGUACCUGUUUAAGAACCAACAGCUCUGUUAAGGUUAGUGUUAUAAGGUUGUAAGGUUAGUGUACCUAAAUUGAGUCAGAUUUUAAGAUGAUUUUCAUCUGCCUGCAGUAGUUUAAAAUUAAACAGAUAAAAUGCAACCACUCACAAUAAUGAUAUACGUGAGGAACUAAUUUGAAAUCUUUAAUCUGCAAUAAUCUGCAGUAACCAUAACUGUUAGUUUGAAUAAUGUUACCUUUAACAGAGAAGCUCAAUAAUAAAUUUUGCAAAUCGUGUUAAUCAUGUACUCUGCAUUGUCUUGAUUAGCUGUGGCUUUCUGUCUUGAAAAGUAUGUGUGUGUUUAUACUAUACAUUUGUAUAUUAUUUUAAAAUUAUUGUUUCACUUCAUGCAUUCUUUUAAAUGGACCAGUCAGGAUUUUAUUUAUUUUUAAAAGGUGGAAAAUCCUCAUGUUCAGUAUCUUUAUUGCUUGCUUACCAGUCUUUUGUUUUUUGUUUCUGUUAUAAUACGAGUUGUAAUCAGAAUGAAAUAUUCCUAUAGCAUCACAUACAGAACAUGUCUUUUUCUUCUCUACAAUUGUACACAGAUACAAUUCUUAAAGGUAUAAAUAUAAUUUUGACUGUCCUCACAUGUUUUAGUUUGUUGCAGCAAGCUAAUGUGUUUUAUGGAUUGAACUUUCGAAUGGUCAUGUUAAUCAUGUUGCAAGAUGCAGGUAUUUUGAAGUAUAAGACAAGAUACAAGUGUAUAGAAUAUGAUUCGUUAUUUCUGAAACCAAGCAUUUUUCUGGCCUGUCUGUUCUAUGCCUUGUGUGGUUGUAUUUAAACAGCUGAAGCUAUUUAAGCAGCAAUAUGCAAAAGCUUCUUAUGACUUUGUUAAUCUUUCUGCUAAGGAAGAUUUCAAAGUUACAUGAAAAAUUGUUGCAAGAUAAAACCGAAGUUAGUGAUAACAUGAUUUAUUCAGCAAAAUAAUGAAUGCAAAUGUAUUUAUGUUGCAAUUAGGCAAAGGAGAAUGGCAGUAAUCAGUGUUAGAGCCCCUCAAGUGCACCUUACUGUGCACGUUGUUUGGGAAUUUUUUAUCAAUUUGUUUAGAAGUAUAUGAAAGGCCUCACAGCUUCUCCACCGACACUUAGAUAGUAGUUGUUUAAGUCUGACCCUUCUCAUUAUCAAUGAAGAUUCAUAUAUAUCUUUGAAAUAGUUUUAGAAUAACUUCUAUCAUUCUUUUAUCAUGCACUGGGAAUUUUGCUGCAUUUUUGUUUGUGCAAAUAUGUAGUAAAUAUUUAAGUACUUGCGAGAAGCAUUUUACAUUUGUGUACAGUGGAAUUAUGUGAAAUCUUGAGAGGCUGCAACUUUGUAAUUGGAAUUUGCAGAGGUUUGGUAUAUUUUCUCUAUUUGAAAUAUAUAACUAGUACUUAUUUUUGAAUCUGUAAAGAUUCAAAGCAUUGUGUCCCCUAAAGGGAAUAGGAGGACCAAUUGUAAAACUGGUACAAUUUUUAUUUCUUAUACCAUCUUUGGCCCACUGCUGUUCUGGAGGUGGCAGGUCCUGAAUCUGUCCCCAGCACAGGUUAGGUUAGCCUGGCAAUUGCUUUGUUUUACUCUGGAGCUACUAGCUAGCCGCAACAGCAGCCCAUAGCCUUGUGCUGGCCAUCUCUUGUUCAUUCAACAGGCAUCUCCAUUUUUAGCAGAAUAAGACCUCAUUAGGUUUACCCGUAAUCCUAAAAGGUCUAAAAUGAAGCACAGUGUCAGGGCGAUUGUUCCUUACUUACAUCCAAAUCUUUAUUUACAUAAAUGUAGGCAUUACAUUUUAUCUUAAAUUAGGAUAUUUACUGGCUGAUGAAGGAGAAAGGCUGUUCCAGGUUUUAGAUGUGUUCUUUGCGUAUUUCUUACAUUCCAGCUGCAAAGAAAAGGUAUCUGAUGGGUCAGAGUUAAACGAGGUUGGUUUUUUGAGGCAUCAGUUUUGAUACUUUCGAAAGUUAGGAAUGUUUCAAAUAAGGGUAAAAUAAAGGGUAUUUUGCACUUAGAGCUCCCAUGUCCACUGAAGAAAUUGGGGACGGGAGAAAGUGGGUUACCUUCACGGCAGCAAGGUCAUCUGCAUGAGGGGGUUGAGACUGGGGCGAAGCGUUGAGUGAUCUGCGAAUGGGAUGGUCCGUAUGAAUUUGGAGUCUUCCUGCCCCGGACAGACAAAGGUGAAAAAGGAUUUUUGACAAAGACUGCAUUUCCUUUCCCAGGAAACACCAGUAAGAGCUGCAGAGAAGGGUUUAUUUUAUAGUACUCGGUGAGAUUUCUGUGUGUAACUAUGAGAUAAAGUGCGUUCAGAGGCUCUUACUCAUGCAGCAAUUUGUUCAUGAUCAGUUGCCUCAAGUCUUAUGAGCUAUAAAGCAGAACAGUGACUGCAGAGGCGAGAGAGAAAAUAACGCAGUGCUUGCUUCCAAGUACUGUGCACUGAAGAUGACAAAAUUGGGGAUUUUGAAGAAUAAUCAGAAUAUAAUUAAGCUCUGACGCGCUUCUUAGGAUCAAGUGCAUCACUGAGCGGAGUAAAGCUUAGUAAAGCUUAGAAAUAGUAAAUAUGUUUGUAGGUGAUCCCAGUCAAGACAGUGUCAGCUGCACUUUAAAAUGAAAAAAAGUGGGUUUUAUCUUCACUGGAUAAGGAGUAUUUAAAAACAUGAGCUCAGUUUGCAGGCAGCUUCCCAGAGAAGUAACAGAAGCCAGGAAAGGCUUCAUUCUGCACCUUCCACUAGGGCGGAAGAGCCUAAAAGGAUGGCUUGGAUGCCCUCUUGGACUGCAUUCCUCAUGUCUGGACUUUGAUCCUUUGAGAGGAAGAAAAUAGUUUUCUCUGAAGUGUCAUCCACUCCCAGCACAAGAUUGGCUUGUGUAAAUCUAUCUUUGUGACUUCUUAUUAGAUGAAAAAAACCACUAGUUUAAUUGCAAAAUACUUAUGAAAGUAAGUUAUUUGAUCUUUAGUGUAACCCGUGCACAAGGAUGGUUGAAAAUGCUCUUUGAAGUUUUAACAGGGCUUUGGGUUAGCUUUAACCAAUUGAGCAUUGAUUUAGGCUAAACCAGAAUAAACCGUACUUCAGUUUAUUUUAUAUAAACAAAAAGUUUAUAAAUCUUAAAUGAAAGGAUUUUUAAAAAUCUUGCUUGAGAUGAUAUAAGUUCCUUAUGUGGGAAAGGUCUCAAUGUGUGUAACUUUCUAAUUUUUGUUAAAUUCUUCAUCAGCGAUACAAUAAUAGUCAUUACUGACUAUUACACGCGUGAUCGUUUUUAGCCAUCUGAGUUACAUGACAUGGUGGUGAAAAUGUCAAUGGCUGCGUACCAAGAGCUCUUGUUGUUGGAGUCAUGCUGUAUUCUGGAAAAAUCUUGUGCAGAAAAUCCAGCGCAGUGUCGUUACCAGCUUGUGAUACCGACACAACCGUCUACUUGGAAAUCUGGUCAGUAAUAGUCUAUAUAAAUGCAGUACUGGGCUGAAGAUUGAGAUUUCAACCAAUGCAUACCUUUCUGGUAAUGUCAGACUGCCAUUUAAAGACCUGCUCUGCACAUGAGAGUACAUAACAACUCCCUGCUUACCUUUCAAUUUUAAAUGCAUUGCAAAAGCUGUAUUUGUAAAACUGAUAACAUACUUCAUAUUAGUUUUUGAGAUAGAAAAUUAUUGCUGUGAAACUGAGAUGAAGUUUCAAAUGUCUUAUUGUUGCACUCUUCUUGUUUUGUUUCAGAAUUAAUCAGAUAUAAGUUAGAGAAAGCUUCUGAAAUCUAAACAGAUGAAGAUCAAUUGAUAAAUCAACCCAGUGAUUCACCAUACUUUCAAGCAGCGGAAAGAAUGUCGGCGCGGGCCGCGGGUGACGUCAGAGGGGAGCAGCGCAGAGCGGCGGCGGCGGCCAGGCAGCGGCAGCGGCGGCCCCGGCCCCGGCACGGCGAGGGCGGAGGCGGCGGCGGAGGAGGCGGAGGCGGGGGCGGAGGCGGGGGAGGAGGCAGCGGCGCCGGCCCCUCCGCCACCGCAGCGGCAAUGGCGGCCGUCGGGGAGCGCCGGUCCCUGCCCAGCCCGGAGGCGAUGCUGGGGCAGCCCUGGAGCCACUGGGUCGAUGCUGCUAAACUUCACGGGAACGACGGAACAGCAUUAGAAGAAAGUUUCAAGGAAUACGGGAAGAACCGAGAAGCGAUGCGACUCUGCCGAGAAGAAAGAAGACACAGCUCCUCUAGCAAGCCGCCUUUGACUCCUCCCUCCUCUUCAGUAUUUUCCCUCAUUUCAUCUUUCCCUUCAAAAAACAAAGGUAGCGGUGGAAGUGGGAGCAAUCGUUCAUCCAGUGGAGGUACUAGUGCAUCAUCAUCCAAUUCCAAGUUGUUGAAAUCACCCAAAGACAAGCUGCAGAUCAGUGGAAACAAUAGGCUAAUGCAUCCGGUACAGCACAGCAAAGUUCCCCAUGAUAAAAUCAUGACUCCAUCUGUCAAAGUGGAAAAGAUUCAUCCAAAGAUAGAUGGUGCCCAACUGAAAGCUGCUGUUGGUCCAACUUGUUCUACUACUGUGAGUUCCUCAAUAAAGACUGGCCUUAAUUGUCCCUCAAUACCAAAGCCACCCUUGCCUUCCCCUGGACAGAUACUGAAUGGUAAAGGUCUUCUCUCUGUGCCUCCAUUUUUGGAAAAGAAACCUGAAGAAAAUACAAAUAAUAGGAAAUUUUUACAUAAAAGAUUGUCAGAGAGAGAAUUUGAUCCUGAUAUAUACUGUGGUGUCAUCGAUGUGGAAACCAAGAAGCCCUGUACUAGGUCUUUGACGUGCAAGACACAUUCCUUAACCCAGCGGAGGGCUGUACAGGGUCGAAGAAAACGAUUUGAUGUGUUGUUAGCCGAGCACAAAAGCAAAACCAGGGAAAAGGAGUUUCUUCGACAUUCGGAUCAUCAUCAGCAGAUGCCCCCUCUCAGGGAACCACAUCCCUCACCUACUAAAACUUCCCAGGAGCUGCACCAAAAUUCUCAUGGAGUUACUCUUACAGAAUCAAAGCCUUUAUUACCUAAUAAACCCAAACCUCACCCCCCCAGUCUUCCAAGGCCUCCAGGCUGUCCAGCCCAGCACAGUGGAAAUGCCCCUAGCGAUUCUCCUUCUGUCCACGAAUCCCCGCACCCUCCCUUGCCUGCAGCUGAGCCAGCAUCUCGGUUAUCCAGUGAUGAGGGAGAAUGUGAUGAAAAAGAAGAGCCUGUUGAAAAACUGGAUUGUCAUUAUUCAGGUCAUCAUCCUCAACCAGCCGCUUUUUGCACAUUUGGUAGUCGGCAAAUUGGAAGAGGUUAUUACGUCUUUGAUAAGCGGUGGAACCAUAUUCGAUGUGCACUUAACUUCAUGGUGGAGAAGCAUCUUAAUUCACAGAUGUGGAAGAAAAUUCCUCCAGCAUCUAGUAACACGACAUCUGUUCGUGCACCACAUCGGACAAACUCAAUGCCUACUUCGCAGUACGGUGUCAGUGCGACAGGUUUCCUUUUACCCACCACGGUUAUGUCAUCGCCAGCGUUGGUAUCUCCUUCCUGCGUGUCUCUGAAUAGUAAAUCGGUACCAUCACAUGGAACUACACUAAAUGCCAAUCCUGCUACUUUGGGUGCAGUGGAUCCUGUCUGCAGUAUGCAAUCAAGACAAGUGUCUUCAUCCCCUUCAACACCUACAGUGCUUUCCUCAGUACCUUCACCUAUGCCCAGCAAACCUCAGAAAUUGAAAUCCAGCAAAUCUUUUAAACCUAAGGAAUCUUCUGCUGGCAGUGGCACCUGUAACAGCACCGGCAGCGCCAGUAGCAGCGGCGGCUCAGGAAAGAAGCGUAAAAACAGUUCCGCACUGCUAGCACCUUCUCAUUCCACAGAGUCCUUUAGAAAAAACUGUGUGGUUAACUCUGGAAACUCUGGGACCUCCUAUCAUCCGUCGGUGACGUCUUCGUCCCACAGCGUUGGCCUCAACUGUAUGACUAGUAAAGCUAACUCUGUUAGCCUCAAGCAUGACCAAUCAGGGAGGGGUCCUCCUACCGGAAGCCCUGCAGAAUCGAUAAAAAGAAUGAGUGUGAUGAUGAACAGUAGUGACUCCACUCUCUCCUUAGGGCCAUUCGUUCAUCAGUCCAGUGAGCUGACUGUAAAUUCACACAGCAGUUUUUCACAUUCACAUACUUCCCUAGAUAAAUUAAUAGGAAAGAAAAGGAAGUGCUCACCCGGUUCGAGUGGCAUAAACAGCAGCAGCAGCAGCAAGUCCAACAAAGUUGCCAAAUUGCCAUCGGUGAAUAAUGUUCAUGCAAAACACACUGGUGCAAUCCCAGGGACGCAAGGACUGAUGAACAGUUCUCUUCUUCAUCAGCCAAAGGCACGUCCCUGAUAGCUGAAUAUACCAUGGUGAGGAAAGAACUGGACAGUUUUCACUACAAGCAAAACCUCCAUCUGGAAUUCUGGACUCCAAGAUGCCUUGAGUUAUCCCAGCUUCCCAUGGUCCUCAGGUGUGGAAAUCUACUGGACUGUCACUCAAACAAGGAAUUUCCCUGAAGCCAUGUCUGUAGCAGUGAAUAUACUAGAAAUGGACACUGGAUGAAGUUCAGCCACAUACUUGCUCUUAUCAGUGUUAACAGUGGUCUGGACUGUUUGCUACAAAUCUGUGAGAUUUUACUUACAGGAGUACAUCAUCUUGCCACUAUUUGACAUAGAUUGGCUGGGCAAAAGAAUGUUUUUUUGGGGGGAAAAAAAACAUUACUGUGGACUUAUUUUUAUACUGAUGGUGUCUUUUGUAGGUGAUAGCUACCAGAGAGACACUGUCAAUAGAGAGGACCCCUCAAUGCGGGGGGGAAAUGUGUGAGGCACAAUGGAAAGAAGCCCUCAAGAAGGGAAUAUGGCUUUAGUGUUUUUAUAGCAAUGUUCCUUUAAUGGAAUAUAAAAAUAGCACAAUUAAAAAAAAUAGUCUGUGUUUUGCCCAGCCUUUUGCAAGUAAUUUGGGAUAAGAAGCUAUCAGGAGUUUCAAAAAACUUAAAAAAAAAAUACACAAAAAACAAAAAGACUUGUUUGAGGCCAUUGCUCAGAAAACAAGU